UAAUGUUAUAAACCAAUAAGCAAGCAAAUGAACAAAUGGAGGAAGAAUGAGUGAUAUAAGAGAGUUGAAAAUAAAGGAAUAAAACCUAAUUGUAAUAAUUAAAAAAGAAAUAAAGUUAUGUGUAUCACGGUUUUCAUGUGGCAAGCUCAUCCAAAAUACCCUUUCCUCCUCUUACUCAACAGAGACGAAUUCCAUUCUCGGCCUACUGAACCGUUGGCGUGGUGGGGCGGUGAAACAAUCUUGGGCGGUAGGGAUGGACUCUGCGGUGGUACGUGGUUGGCUUCCACCAAAGACGGCAGGGUUGCUUUUCUCACCAAUGUUAGAGAACUCCAAAACAUUCCACAACCCAAUACUAGAGGGGAUCUUCCACUUCGUUUUCUUCAGAGCAAUAAGAGUCCCCAAGAGUUUGCAGAGGAAGUGCUCAAAGAGGCUCAUCUAUACAACGGAUUUAACCUUGUAUUAGCUGAUAUUUGCACCUCCACCAUGGUUUAUGUCUUCAAUAGACCAAAGCACGGUUAUCUUUCUGUUUCCCCUGGAAUUCACGUCUUGACUAAUGCAUCAUUGGAUGCUUCAUGGCCAAAGGCUGAACGGUUGCGCCAUAACUUCAAAGAGCUUAUUAAUGAGUAUGGUGAAGGUGAAUUUCCAAUUAAAGAAAUGGUUGAGAAACUAAUGACAAACACAAUUAAAGAAGAGGAAGAGUGCAUGCUACCAGGGAUUCAUCCUCCAGAAUGGGAGCGUCCUCUGAGUUCGAUAUUUGUCGACACACAACUUCCCUUGCUGAAAACUUGUUUGUACUUAGGGGCCAUAUGGUACUAGGAGCUCAUCUGCUUUGUUUGUAACAUCAAACAGAGAAGUCACAUUCUAUGAAAAACAUCUCGAGCAGAAGCAAUGGAAAGAGAACACGGUAACCUAUCAGAUCGGCGAGACAUAGUGAAUGUCAGGGAUGUGGUUUAAUUCUGAUGCAAAAAGAAGAAUGUUUAAUUGUUUGGAUACUAUGGUUUAGCCACUCACUAGUACCCUGUCAAUAUGAAUAAAGUGGUCUUUUCCAUUCAAACUUGAUUAACUAGUCCAGUCUUGCCCAGUUUAGUUUGGUUUGGAUCAGUUGAUUAUUUUUGUCAACAUGUUUUAAACAUUUUUCUUAAUUGGGUUAUUUUGUUGUUGUUGAUACUUUAUAGUGAUACCUGCAUCAUGGACUGGUUUUCAGAAUGAGCACAUGCUCAUCUUGGGGAUAGCUUGCUUUUAUGAUGUAUCAUAAAAGUAGAAUUUUCACUUAUUGCCCUCCUUAUGAAUAAAAGUUCAAUGUUAACAAUCAA